UUUCUCCGCCAACCUUAUGAAUUCUUCUUCUGGGUCUAAAAACAACAGUUCUGAACUUGACGAUGUUGGGACUAUGUCACUGCAUGGAAAGUUUGGGACAAUUUACUCAGUUGUUGGAACUCUGAUAGUCAUCGUUAAUGUCAUUGGCAUUGCAUUGUUCCACUCGUCAAAAACGAUCGUCAAGAACCUUCAAGUGUACAUCACCAGUUUAAUGGUUUGCGAUUUCCUCAUAGGUAUCAGCCUACUUGUGGGUCCUUUUGUCUUCUGGAUUUUUAAAUCUCAUAUAGUUGUAGACCAAUCCACUCUGUUCAUUCGCACCAUGCUACUAGUCUCGCUCCUUCACACAGCUGGGUUGUCAGUGGACCGUUUGAUAUCCGUUAAAUUACCCAACUUUUACACCUUUCGUGUCACUUCUAGUGUUUGUAUGGUGGUCUGUUUUUGCAUCUGGAUUCUUUUGGCCUUGUACCAUAUUCUGAUGACUGUUCUUACAAAAAACGUCCCGAUGUCUGGUAAAUUUGACAUGAACACAUUUGGACUUUUUCUCAUAGUCUACCUAAGUUGUUUGUUUGUGUACCUCAUAUCCAGCAAAAGCAUCAUAUCUUGUGCCAGGGAACAUCUAAAACGUACCAAAACCAACGCUCCAUCCCAAGAACAGAAAAUAGCCAACACGUUCAGACUGUCUAUCGUCAUAACAACAGCUUCUGGAUUUCUGUAUAUCCUGUAUCUCCCGGCACAAAUUUUUGGGGCUUUAACUUUACUUGAUCCAUUUGGAGAAAUGAGAGUCACCCGCUUCUUCAUGACGAUUGCAUACCCGUUGUUAACUCUAGAGAGUCUACUGAAUCCAUUGAUGUAUUUGCUCCGAUUUCAAGAGACUCGGCACUUGAUCAAACGUGUCUUUUGUCCUUCUAUGUUUGUAUCUGUUGUCAGCAGUAAUACUUCUAAUACGGGUGUCUAGAAAGUCCAGAGUAUGAGAUACAAGAAGAAAGCAGUGCAUACUAGCAUAUAUUUGGAUGAUGAAUUUUUAAGAAUGUGAAAAAUUGAAAUAUUGUGAAAGCUCUCCGCUGUUGGGUAAUUAAAGGCGGUGGUACAAAGGCUGAAUGGAAGAAACAGUGAACACAAUUUUAAUAUGUACAAGAAUUGGACACUGUGUAAUUACAUGUCCUUGCGCAUUGGACAAUGUUCAACAUGCUCUUAUAUUGAACAUUUUUGAAUAUAUACGAAUAUUGGACUCGAUUAUAUACAUGUAAAAUUAGCGCUGAGCAGAAACACAUCAGAAUAUUGAACUCUUUAACAUUUACUUUUUUAUCUCUUCCAGGGUCAUGUAUUGUUAUUUUUUAAUAUUUUUUUAAUGAAUGUACAUACCUAUAUCUGAGACAGGGUUAAAGUAUAAUUAAGGAAAAAUCCAAGAUUCCCGCUUUGACAAGCACGCUCUUUUUACUCUGAUAAAUGACAAGAAUUGAGGAUAUUGACAACGAGGUUAUACAUGUAUAAUGAAAAAUAUGACAAUAAUUCAUUAUUUAUUUAGACGUUAUCGGGGUGCCUCCCUCAAAUUUGCAACAUUAUCAUUUAGGAUUGGUUCUCAUUUUUUGAAAACUCAAUUCCCGUAGCUCCGUAUUCUUAGUUGUAUUUUUCAACAAAAUUAUGAUAAGGCUUUCAAAAGAAAAUUUUGGAACUCGAUCUAAUCUACUGAAUGCAAGUUAUUUCGACACGAAUAUUUAUGAUAUCAAUAAGUUAAUGUGACGGAAAUGGCAAGUCAGUACAGAGUAUAAAAUUCGGCAUUGAUCUGGAGUUGUCAUUUGUUUUGUUAAAGGCGCAAUCACACGAAACGAUUUUUAUACGAUUUUCAAAUGACUUGCUUCGUACAUGUAGUCCAGUCAAUAUAAGCCCAAAUAUGCAAAAUCCAAGACAAAUUGCAAAAUAAUUUUUUUCAGUGUAUUUAACAUAAAAUGUGUUCAUUCCAAAGACAAAAAGUCGCUAUGAUUUUGUAAAUGUAAAAGUAAUUUUUUUCUAUACGAAAAUCAUGAGUAUUUGGGCGAGAAAACGGGCAAAUUGCAAUCAACAGUAAAAUUGUUUAAGCAUUUAAACGUGAUAAAAAAGCAGACCUUUUGUAGAUAUGAAUGGUAUUAUUUGGUAGAUGGUCACGUGAUUUUGAUAGAAAAUGAUCAGAUGCAUGAUGUGUGUGUAUUUUUUUUCGUAUUUUUUUGUUUAAUAAAAAAAAUCAAUGUCAAAGCUAGCAAGUAGUUAGAUUUUGUUUUAAAUUGAUUUUAUUUUUAAGUGUUUCAUUUUAUUGAUUUUAGAAUCCACAGCUUUUUCAAAACAAAAAAAAAGGUGUUUAGUGCUGGUUUGGGAAAUCAAACCUAUUGUUAAAAAAAACUUAUUUUCAAAAUCAUUGUUAAUUUUAAAAAGUUAUCCUCAUUGGUAACAAACAAGUUUUUGCUGAAGGCUAAUUUGAAGCAGGUGUGAAAACAAUGAUUUAAAGGGAUAUAUACAGCCAUUUUGUGCAAAUGUGAAUUUUAUCACAGUGCAAAAUAUUUACUCUUGAUUAUCAGUUUGAUUUGGACUUUACUUUUCUACUUUAUAUUUUAUUUUUAUUUUUAUAUGUCUUUUCAUAAUUUAACGUUUUCAAAGUUUUUAUUUCAAUUAGUGAUUGACACUUUUCGAACUUUAUGUUUUUAAUUUCAAAGAGAAAGAAUGUUAUGACUCAAUAAUUGCUUUAAACUUUUAAAACAUCAUUGUAUAAAUAUCUGUUUUUAAUUCUAAGGACAUCAAAGAAAAUUCUUGUUAAAAAUUCUUCGAAUACAAUGUAUUCUUAAAUAUAGCUACGUACAAUUGCCAAUCUUGAGUUUGGAAUACGGCGGUCAGUCUCAGUCAAGUCCGACUCGCCCAAAGUCUGAGACCUGAGGCCAUUACCGGCCAGAUCCGACUCGUUUGUAACAUGUCUGUCUGUUGAAUCAUUUUAUGUUGCUAUCGUUGAGUCUUUUUAAAAUAAAUCCUGAA